CUCGUGAAAAUAGUUCUUUUUCUGUUAAAAUUGACAUCCGAGCUUCCGGAUCCUGCAGAAUAAAGUAGAGAUUCCACGUCCCAGGAUAUUUGUACAUCAACAAUCUCCAUUGUCCACAUAUAUAUAUAUGUGCACAACUAUAUUCUGGGUGGUAGUGUCAGGGAUAUUUAGAGAAGCUAUAAAGAAACUGAAGGUUCCACGGGACUCGAAACCGAGACCUGUGGAUGUUAAUUAACAAGAAUAAAGCUGAUCAACUAAAUAAAAACACCUCUACAGCACAAUUCCCCCACCAUGAAAAGCCUUCAAAGAUCAUUCCCUCGUCACAGGCCAUGAAACUGGUUGACAAUAUGCUACAAUUUGGCGACCGUUUCAAGCUAAGUUAACGGAUCUGUCUGCCAUUUUGUUUCGAUUUGUUUGGCAUUUUUUCUUUUUUUUUUGUUUUAAAUGACAGGGUUUGAGUUGUGAUAUUUAUGUUUGAAAAUUAAAUUGCAUAGAGUAACAUUUAACUCUUCUGGUAUGGCUGUUUCAAUGUAUGCUAAUUCGACAAGAGGGUCUUUCUCCGUGUCGUCAAAUUGUUCCAGGGCAGUGAAAGUGUCUUGUUCUAGGGUUAAGGGUGGGUUAGACAGGGUUAGUUUUCCCCAUAGAAAGGUUUCGAGUAAAUUAAAUUCAAAUUUCGGUGAGCCUUCUUCAUUAAGUUGUAGUGUCUCAAAUUUUUCGGCAUCUAAUCCUUUUAUUAGUUUGGAUCAAUGCCGGAGAAAGGUACAGAAGUUUGACCGUUUGAGUGACUUGGGGUCGGAUAAUUGUAGUUCUAGGGCUUACUGUAUGUCCGCAGAAGGGAAUGAGUCCGUUUUCCCAGAGGCAGAUCCAGAGAUGCUUUAUUAUGAGAAACAAUAUCCAACCCUGGUUUCACCGAUGUCUGAGGGCAGGCAAGAGGGUGUGCCCGUUUUUGUGAUGUUGCCUUUGAAUAUUGUGAACUUGAAAGGGCAGCUGAUGAAGAGAAAAGCUAUGAAUGUGAGUCUUAUGGCCUUGAAGAGUGCAGGUGUGGAGGGUAUUAUGGUUAAUGUAUGGUGGGGGGUUGUGGAGAAGGAUGUUCCCGGUCAAUACAACUGGACUGGUUACCUGGAGAUUGCGGAGAUGGCAAGAAGGCACAGUCUGAAAGUGCAGGCUGUCAUGUCGUUUCAUCAAUGCGGACGUCGUGGUAGAGAUUCUUGUUGGAUUCCUCUCCCUGCUUGGGUCUCUGAAGAGAUUGCUAAGAAUCCUGAUUUGGCUUACACAGAUAGAGAGGGUAUGCGCAAUACAGAGUGCAUUUCCUUGGGUUGUGACACCCUUCCUGUCUUGAAGGGUCGCUCGCCUGUUCAAGUCUAUUCAGAUCUUAUGAGGAGCUUCAGAGAUACCUUCAAGGUAUUUCUGGGGCAAACUAUAACGGAGAUUCAACUUGGAAUGGGUCCAGGGGGAGAACUGAGGUACCCUUCAUAUGCAGCAGAUGAUUUAACAUGGCAAUUUCCAGGCAUUGGCGAGUUUCAGUGUUAUGAUAAGUAUAUGAGUGCAAGUCUAAAGGCAUGUGCCGAAAAAAUUGGGAAGGGUGAAUGGGGAGUUAGUGGUCCUCGUGAUGCUGGUGGUUACAAGCAGUGGCCAGAGGAGACAGGUUUUUUUAAAACAAAUGGCUCCUGGAAUACGCCAUAUGGGCAAUUUUUCCUUGAGUGGUACUCCAGAAUGCUCCUUAUGCAUGGUGAGCGCAUUAGUGCAGCAGCAAAGGCCAUAUUCCGUAACACAGGAGCCAAGCUUUCUGGAAAACUUGGAGGCAUUCAUUGGCAUUAUGGAACUGAAUCACACUCAGCAGAAUUGACCGCAGGAUAUUUUAAUACAUCUCUAAAUGAUGGGUAUCUUCCAAUUGCCCAAAUGUUUGGUAGACAUGGAGUGACUUUAUGUUGCACAUGUUUUGAGAUGCUAGAUUCUGAACAGAAGCCAUUGAAUGCAAAUUGCAGUCCAGAAGGUUUGCUGAGACAAGUUACAUUUGCGGCCAGGAAGUCUCAGGUACCACUGUCUGGAGAAAAUUCCACAACAAGGUUUGAUGAGGAAUCACAGAAACAAAUUAUUAAGAAUUCUAGGCUUUGCUUGGAGAAUAGUUUGUGUAAAGAGAAGCAUGAGCCGGUCUGUUCCUUUUCAUUUUUGCGAAUGAGUGAGCAGCUAUUCCGCAGGGAUAACUGGAAUCACUUUGUACGUUUUGUAAGGCAAAUGGCUGACGGCAGAACUUUUCAUCCACGGGAAGACAAACAUGGAAGUGCUGAAUCUAGAUUUCAAGCUCAAGUAGUUAGGGAAGCUGGUGCAGCAACAUCCUGCCAAUAGAAUGGUUCAGCUGCUAAGUUGUACAUAAGUGGUAUAAAGUAACUGUACAUUUUUCUCUGAAAUUAUUCAUAUCCUUUACCAGAAUUAAAAUAGCAUGUGUUGCUAUCAUCCAAUUCCUCAUGUCCAACAAUAUUAGUGUUGUAAUUUGAUUUGAAAGAUUUGUUUUACUGGAUGGAAGCAAUUGUAAUUGUCCAGAGGAAUCCUCUUAUGUUAAGAGGAGUUCUUUCUCUGUAUGUAUUUAUUUAGGUAAAACGGGUAUAAGACAAUUUAUAUGGCAUAUUUUCCUAGCCCAUGUCCUUGAGCGAGGUAUACCUCUGUCAAUCAAUUUUAUAUUGAUAUUGCUACCUUUGUUAAAAUAUCCAUAUUGACCAUAAUGUUUUCAUAUACAUCCUAUUGAAGCUGAUGAACCUUCAAAUUGUCACUACAGGAUUACAUUUACAGAUAUGUUGUGGCGGCAAAACUCUGCAAUUUGUAACCAUGAAAGAUAGUUGUAAUACUUUUGCUAUAAAAGCAUGUUUGAGAAGUACAGACGUGCAUGGCUGUUCAUACCUCA